GGAGGCCGGACCUGGGAGCCGGGCGGCGGCGGCGGGGGCGGUCAUGGCGGAUCUGGUGCAGGGGCAGAGUGCUCCAGUGGGGAUGAAGGCGGAGGGCUUCGUGGACGCCCUGCACCGGGUCCGGCAGAUUGCUGCUAAAAUUGAUUCAGUUCCUCACUUGAAUAAUUCCACACCUCUAGUGGACCCCUCGGUGUAUGGAUAUGGAGUACAGAAACGACCCUUAGAUGAUGGAGUAGGUAACCAGUUAGGGGCCUUGGUACAUCAAAGGGCAGUAAUAACAGAAGAAUUCAAAGUGCCUGAUAAAAUGGUUGGAUUUAUUAUCGGCAGGGGAGGUGAGCAGAUUUCACGGAUUCAAGCAGAAUCUGGUUGCAAAAUUCAGAUUGCUUCAGAGAGUUCUGGGAUUCCAGAGAGGCCCUGUGUACUUACCGGAACCCCAGAAAGUAUUGAACAAGCCAAACGGCUCCUGGGGCAGAUUGUGGACCGCUGUCGAAAUGGACCUGGCUUUCAUAAUGACAUAGACGGCAACAGCACAGUCCAGGAGAUUCUUAUCCCUGCAUCGAAAGUGGGUCUGGUCAUCGGCAAAGGAGGGGAAACCAUAAAGCAGUUGCAGGAGCGUACAGGUGUGAAAAUGGUCAUGAUCCAGGACGGCCCGUUGCCCACAGGAGCAGACAAGCCUCUUCGCAUCACUGGAGACCCAUUUAAAGUACAGCAAGCGAGAGAAAUGGUACUAGAGAUCAUCCGAGACAAAGACCAGGCUGACUUCCGAGGUGUGCGCGGCGAUUUCAGCUCCCGCAUGGGAGGAGGCAGUAUAGAGGUGUCUGUGCCUAGGUUUGCUGUUGGGAUCGUAAUAGGAAGAAAUGGGGAAAUGAUCAAAAAGAUCCAGAACGAUGCUGGUGUGAGGAUUCAGUUUAAACCAGAUGAUGGGAUUAGUCCAGAAAGAGCUGCACAGGUCAUGGGCCCUCCAGAUCGGUGUCAGCAUGCAGCGCAUGUCAUCAAUGAGCUGAUCCUUACAGCCCAGGAAAGAGAUGGCUUCGGAGGCCUGACAGUAGCCAGAGGAAGAGGCCGCGGCCGUGGUGACUGGAGCGUGGGAACCCCUGGUGGUGUCCAGGAAGUUACAUACACAGUGCCUGCAGAUAAGUGUGGCCUCGUCAUAGGCAAAGGGGGUGAGAACAUCAAAAGCAUAAAUCAGCAGUCAGGAGCGCAUGUGGAGCUUCAGCGGAACCCCCCUCCCAACACCGACCCCAGCCUGCGAAUAUUCACCAUCAGGGGGAUUCCUCAGCAGAUCGAGGUGGCCAGACAUCUCAUAGAUGAGAAAGUUGGCGGUACCAGCCUUGGAGCGCCUGGAGCCUUCGGACAGAGCCCCUUCAGCCAGCCACCUGCCGCACCUCAUCAGAAUACCUUUCCUCCGAGGAGCUCAGGGUGCUUCCCAAACAUUGCUGCUAAAGUAAACGGAAACCCCCACAGCACCCCUGUGAGUGGUCCUCCAGCCUUUCUGACCCAGGGCUGGGGCAGCACCUACCAGGCAUGGCAGCAGCCCACACCGCAGGUCCCAAGCCAGCAGAGCCAGCCGCAGAGCAGCCAGCCCGACUACAGCAAGGCCUGGGAAGACUAUUACAAAAAACAGAGUCAUGCCGCCAGCGCUGCUCCUCAGGCCAGCUCCCCGCCAGAUUACACAAUGGCCUGGGCGGAGUAUUACAGACAGCAGGUCGCUUUCUACGGGCAGACACUAGGGCAAGCGCAGGCCCACAGCCAGGAGCAGUAGACAGCGUCCUCGUGCCUGGUUUUCCCCUCGAAAUCGUUGUGAAAGAAAACCUAUUUGUAACAGAGGUUUUUAGAUAUGCAAACCUUUUGAUGAAGAACAUUUGUUUUGUUCUGUGAAACACUAUAUUUAGAUUAACAAUUUUUCUAAAAAUUGGGAAAAUUAGUUACUAAAAAUUGCUUAUAAUUUUGUUUCAUUAUUUUUGUUUGUUAUUUCAAAUGUGUAAGCUCUGGGAUUCUUUUUGGAGCAAUACCUGCAAAUUCAGGCACCAGAAUGUGCCUCAGAGCAGUGACAUUUCAACAUCAUGUUUUUUGUUUUGUUUUGUUUUGUUUUCGUGUCUUUUUAUGUUGCAACAGAAAGUGGCUUGGAAGUCUUAGGUGGUAUGUAACAAAUUCUUUAAAAAAAUUUUUAAACAGUAUUUAAAUAUUCUUUAAUGUGUAAAUUCAUUAAAUGUUUUACUUCUAAUUUCUUGUAUCUUGGCUGUCUGGUUUUAUUGCAUUUUUUAAAAAAACUGAACUAUUAUGUAUUGUAAUUAAUUAUGUGAAUUCUGAUUGAGACAGAUAAUUGUAUUGCUGUCCAACGGGGAAGGGGGGUGCAUUUUAUAGGGUUUGUAUAAUUUCUAGAGUUCUAAAGGGGUAAUAUAAAAAUGUGUUCAUGUGUUUAGCCUACUUUUCUUCAUGUCUCCAUUACCGGCUGCAAUUGUGUAUCUAAGACCUCCAAGCUUGUUUUAAAAACAAAACAAAAAACCUUUCUCUAUUCUCUGAAAUAUAAAUAGUGUUAUUUUUAAUAUUAAAAAAUUCAAUAUAACUUUUAACAAACACUGUGGAACA